AAAAAAUGAAUUAAUUGCAAAGCUAAAUUAACUAAAAGCGUAAACGUUAAAACAAAAGGAAUAUAAACUCACUUGAAGCGUAGCCAUAGCCAUGGAGUCGAGCAGCUUUAGUCGUGUUCAUGGCGGCAGAGAUGAACGCAUCUGCUGGAUAUGCUUGAACGGCGAUGUGGAUGUGCUGCGCCAGGAUUGGCUGCAGCCCUGCAAGUGCCGCAGAACCAAUCGCUGGGUGCACGAGGUAUGCCUCAGUCGCUGGAUCGAUGAGAAGCAGCUGAGCAGCCCCGAAACGCGGGUCAGCUGCCCGCUCUGCCAUACGGAAUACUUGAUAGUAAUGCCGCCAGUUUGUCGCUUCGAUGCGCUGCUCGAGCGCUUGGACAAGGCGUAUGGCGUUGUCUGUCCCAGCAUAUUGUUGGGCAUGCUGGCCACUGUUGCCUAUAUAGCCACACUGACCUACGGCGUGCUGACGCUCAAUCAGGUGGCUGGCUAUAAAGCGAGCAUGCGACUGAUGAAGGAGGAUCCGACGCUGCUGAUGAUUGUGCUGCCGUCGGUGCCGGCGGCGCUGUUGCUGCUGCGACGCAUCGAUUGGAACAAUUGGCUUAUACACUGGCUGCGACGUCGACAGCGGCAGCAACUGGCUGGCGAGCACUAUGAUGAGCACGGCGAGCUGCUGCCAGGCGCGCCAUUGGGCGAUGACUACUACGAUGCCCUGGAGCCGGCCGAUUCCGAUGAGCUGCUGCAGGGCGGCAUGCUGAACGUGGAGAAUAUUGAACGUGCCACCUGUCGCUUCUGCAUUACGCUCAGUCUGCCCACAUUUGCCGUUGUGCUGGGCCAGACGCUCUAUGGCAGCGUUCAGAGCAAGCUGCUCGCCUUUCUGCUGGGCGCGCUUACGUUCGAGGCUAUCAAGGGCGCCAUUUGCAUCUAUGUGCGCCAGUGUCAAUAUCAUCGCAAGCGACAUCGUCAUGUGCUCGACUAUACGCCGGAUAAUCCACAGCCAACAGCAGCAGCAACAACAACAACAACAACAACAACAACAACAUAGCAUAAAUAUUUGGUAUUGUUGCUUGGAUUUUGUUUACGUUAUAAAAAAUGAGUUGCUGGCGUAAA